GUUAAAUGCAAAAUUAUCAUGAUAAAUUAAUGUUGCUUUUGAACUCGGCGCUUGGAUCUCUGGAAUGCGUGUUGCACUAUGGGAAUGGUUGAGAAGAAGAAGAUCAUCAUCGACACCGACCCUGGCGUUGAUGAUGCCAUGGCGAUCUUUGUGGCGCUGAGGUCGCCGGAGGUGGAGGUUAUUGGGCUUACCACGAUCUUCGGGAAUGUUUACACUACUCUGGCCACCAGGAAUGCUUUGCAUCUGUUGGAGUUUGCAGAGCGGACUGAUAUUCCAGUGGCUGAGGGUUCUCAUGUAACCAUCAAUAAAACCACAAAGCUUCGGAUAGCUGAUUUUGUUCAUGGAGCGGAUGGUCUUGGAAACCAGAACUUCCCUUCACCGAAGGGAAGGCAAAUUGAUCAGUCAGCUCCUGCUUUUCUUGUUGAGCAAGCAAAUCUAAAUCCCGGAAAGGUUACCCUUGUUGCGCUUGGCCCACUUACAAAUAUUGCCUUGGCAAUUCAACUUGAUCCAGAGUUCUCAAAAAAGAUAGGGCAAAUUGUUGUCCUUGGUGGUGCAUUUUUAGUUAAUGGAAAUGUUAAUCCGGCUGCAGAGGCUAAUAUCUUUGGUGACCCAGAGGCUGCUGACAUGGUGUUCACCAGUGGUGCUGAUGUGCUAGCUGUGGGCUUAAAUGUUACACACCAAGUUCUUCUGACAGAUGCUGAUCGUGACACACUUGCACAAUCUGGCCGGAAGUUUGGUCAAUACAUGUCCAAGAUUUUAGGAUUCUAUUACUCAUACCACCAUGAUUCCUAUGGAGUGCAAGGUGUUUACCUUCAUGACCCAACAACUCUUCUUGCUGCUGUUAAUCCAUCAUUAUUAACUUAUACAGAGGGGGUUGUACGAGUUCAGACAACCGGCAUCAUGAGAGGACUCACAAUGUUUCAUAACAGCAAUAGAAGGUUUGAAGAACUAACCGAAUGGUCUAAUAAACCAAUAGUUAAAGUUGCUGUCACAGUUGAUGCAGCCGCGGUUGUCAAGCUGGUUAUGGAAAGACUGAUGAACUCGUAAGACCGACAUUAUUUAUCAUUGAUACGAGCUGAGUUAUCUUCGAACUCUCCUCGCACUUAUGUUGGUGGAAAAUGCUUAUUGUCAGGCUAAACUCAUUGCACUGGGCAUUAGUUAAAAGUUAUAACCAAUGCUGGCUAUGUAAUCUUCAGACUUCACUUGCAUAAAAUGCUGUAUAAUGUAAUUUUAAUUGAUAAUGUUGGAUAAACAUAUAACUGCAUCUGAUUUAAUAACCCAAAGUUGGAAUUCUAA